UCCGCUGGUGACGUCAUGGAACAAAACCAGCGUGGAGAGUGGGCGUGGCUUACGCGGCCUCGCUCUGAUUGGUUCCCCGUGCGGCUCCUGUCUUCCUCUUUACUGUUCCAUCUAAGCGGCUCGGUGUGGGUUCUGCUGGAUGUUCCCUCUCAGCUCUCCGUGUUCUGCAUGAUGACAACUCUUGAUCAAACUAAGGAGCUCUUCAGGAGAGCAGAUGCCGUCUGCUUUGAUGUGGACAGCACAGUCAUUAAAGAAGAAGGCAUCGAUGAGCUCGCCAAGUUCUGUGGUGUUGGGGACGCGGUCAGAGAGAUGACUCGGAAAGCCAUGGGGGGCUCGGUGACAUUCAAGAAGGCCCUCACUGACCGCCUCUCCACCAUCCGAUGUUCCAGAGAGCAAGUAAACAAACUGAUAACCGACCACCCACCUCAGCUGACUCCAGGCAUCAGGGAGCUUGUGGACCGUCUGCAUGAGCUCAACAUAAAGGUGUUCCUUGUUUCAGGUGGCUUCCGCUGCAUCGUAGAACACGUGGCGUCUCAGCUAAAUAUUCCUCUGCAGCACGUCUAUGCCAACCGGCUCAAGUUCUACUUUAACGGAGAGUAUGCUGGUUUUGACGAGAGUCAGCCAACAGCUGAGAGCGGCGGCAAAGGAAAAGUGAUAAGCAUGCUGAAGGAGCAAUAUGGCUUCAAGACGGUUGUGAUGAUUGGAGACGGGGCCACCGAUCUGGAAGCUUGUCCUCCAGCUAGUGCCUUCAUUGGGUUUGGCGGGAAUGUGGUGAGGCCACAGGUCAAGGAGAGAUGUUCGUGGUUCGUGACGAGUUUCGGGGAGCUUCUAAAGGAGCUGGAGAAAAUCUAAAGAUACUGAAAGAAAAAAAUAAUAGUAAUUUAACCUUUUAUAUUUGCACCCAAAGGGUGUGUGCCGAGAGUAGUUUUAACUACUGCACACUUUUAUUCCUCAAACUAAAAGCUUUUUAUAACGAUUGCUUUGUUUUACUAAAGUUAAAUUGUGCCAGAAAAAAAAACUGCUCAAUUUUUAUACUAAAAUACUAAAAAGAAACAAUAAAAACACUGUAUGGAGAAGAUUGAAGUAGUUUUGCACAUUUCACAACAAAGCCUCUACAUAAGUUAACCUUUAUGGCAUGAUGUGCAAUGAGAGAUGUUCUGUAUAAAAAGCUGUUACCCUCUUGUCAUGGUUCUGUAAGGAGCACCUGCUGCAAUAAAGAUGAGGAAAAAAACACAA